CGGUGGGGGCUUGGCGGAGGGGAGGACCCCCUUGCCUCGUCGACUCAUUCUCUCUUGCUACUCCACCCACAGGGUAAAGCCAAACCUAAUCGACGCGGAGGCCGGAGGGUGCCCUAACUGCUGUCGAGUCUUUGAUGGACAGGGGCAAAUCAGCCAUAGAGGAGGAACACGUGCCUAGCGACUGGAUGAAUCCCAAUGAUAGAGUUGAAAUAUCUGUGAAGGUGGGAAGCAGCAAAUCGGUCAUGGACCAAGAGGUGAUCAGUCCGGAGACGGAAAAAUCUGUGAUAGAAGUUGAAGAAGCUGUGAAGGAAGCUGAGGAGGGUGCCAUACUGGUGGGGAUGGAUUCAAUUGGUGGCGAGUCUUUGACCCGGACGCAAGCCAAGGAGGUGGCGAGAAAGAGACCAGAUAAAGUGGAGGAGAUAUGGCAGAUGGAGUGGCUUGUGGAGGAGAUAUUGCAGGUCGAGCGGCACAUAGCUUUGCUCGGAAUCAAAGAGAAGCUUGCAAAGAAGGAGGCUGCCCUACUGGCAGGGAUUUAUUCAACAGAUGGAGAGUCUUUGAUGUUGAAGCGAGCCGAGGAGGAGUCGGGAAAUAAAUGUGAGAUGGAGCGGCAGGCAGAGAAGGAUAUGAUGAAUUACUUCUCAUGUUUGCCAACGGAACGUGGGGCCAGAGCAAUAGAGCAGUACUAUGGGAUGAAAUAUGAAGCGGCGGAGUGGAAAGCUUUCGUCGCCAAAGCGGAGAAACGGAAAGCUUUGCUUGCCAGCCAAGAGAAGUCGGCAAGGAGGGAGAAGGCCAAGGCCAAGGCCAAGGCCAAGGCCAAGGCCAACAGAGCCAGGAUAGCUGAAGCUUCUGUGACAGAAGCUAGGAGGCCUGAACAAUUUGUGACAGAAGCCACAACUGAGGCUAAGAAUUUUGAUUUAUACCGUCGGUGCUGGGAAUCUACAUGGAGCGAAACCCGCGGUUCCUUCGAACACAUGACGGCAUUGAGCUCCAUGCAAUUUACAUACUACACACCUGGAUGCCGCCGACGCAACCCUGCAGCGUCCACUCCUGCCACCUUGCAGAUAUUCUCCGUCAAGCUCGCGGAAAUAGCUGGUGGCCUCGGAUGGCCCUUGUCCGUGUAUGGUGUGGUUGCUGUCCGAGACGUCGUGGAUCACAACCGCAACUUUCUCUUCUCCUGUGAUAGGGACAAUUCUCAAGAACUAACACAAAAUGAUCCUUUUCUGCGCUUGAUUGGCCCGUCUCGUGCUGUUGUGUAUACAGACAUGGUCCACUUUGAAAUCCAAUUAAAAGUAAAAGGUACAACCAAGUCUCAAGAUGUGGCAUUGAUCACUGAAGGGUGCGAUUACCACGAACCAUUUGGUGAUGGUCCAUCUACGUUUUGCUUCAAGAAUUGUUUCUGCACUAUGGAGUUAUGCAUGCAGGUUGUUAGAAUUACGACCCAGGCCACUAUCUUGGGUGUCCAGGUUGUCGGAGGUGGGCAAUGGCCUUUUGAAUAUGGUGCCCGAGUUACUUGCUCUGCACUACCUGGGAAAUGGGUGGUCACUGAUAAUCGACUCACUUGUGUUACUUAUCCCGCAUCUGGGGAAAUUGUGAUGGUUGAUUCAAAAGAUGGAGCAAUGCUGGGAGGUUCUGAUGGUUACCUACAUCUUCCAAGAAAUGUUAUUUCUGUAGAAACCCAAGGAAGGUUGGAUGUGAAGAUACAAGCCUACUCCAAAUCUGGUGAAAUUGCUGCACACGAGAAUAUCAGGUUCCAGCCCAAGUUAAGCAAGAUAAGCCUGGGAAAAUGUUUCAUUCGUGGCAUUGCGGUGGUGAUUACCGUUGCAUGGUCCCGUGUUGCUAUGGACAAACGUAGACUUAUGGCUCUAGGGAGAUUGGCUUGCGACUGCUGAUAUCCCAAGAUGCCACCUUCUCUCCCUUGCUGGUGGCUUGAUUAACUCAAGUAUAAAAUUGAAAUUAAUUAUGGGAUGGUUAAAUUCAAUUUGAGUUUGCUAAUACUAGUAUCUCUAUAUCAGUUAGCUAUGUAAUAAUUUGGCCAACUGUUGUGUACUGACUACAACUUCCAGCUAUUUAUUUAUCUACUUCCUCCGUUCAU